GCGAGCGGGCAGGAUCUGCUGGCAGCCCCAUUCAUUCAUAUGUUACACCGCGACAACUGAGAGCAGCAUGAAGAGGACUCACGACUACAGCUCGUCGGACAGCGAACUGGACGAAACGAUCGAGGUGGAGAAGGAAAGCGCCGAUGAAAAUGGGAACUUCAACGCAGUCACAGGCUCCAUGUCCCCCAGUCCAUCCUCUCAGGUCCUGGCUAGGAAAAGGAGGAGAGGGAUCAUCGAGAAGCGCCGCCGGGAUCGUAUUAACAACAGUUUGUCAGAACUACGCAGACUGGUUCCGAGUGCUUAUGAGAAACAAGGCUCCGCCAAACUGGAAAAGGCAGAAAUUUUGCAAAUGACUGUUGAUCACUUGAAGAUGCUGCAUGCGGCCAGUGGCAAAGGUUAUUUUGAUGCUCAGGCUCUAGCUAUGGACUACCGUAGCCUGGGAUUUCGAGAAUGCUUGGCUGAAGUGGCUCGGUAUUUGAGUAUUAUCGAAGGCCUGGAGAACACUGACCCUCUCUGUGUGCGUCUGGUCUCUCACCUCAAUAACUAUGCAUCUCAGAGGGAAGCUGCAAGUGCUGCAACCCCUAACAUUGGACACCUUUCCUGGGGAACUGCCUUCAGCCAGCACCCACAUCAUCAUUUGCACCCGAUCCUCCUGCCACAGGCUGCCCACAGUAACAAUAGUACUACUGCCUCGACGGAGCUGCACCAUCAGAACAGGAUUGGCACAUCCUCGCAUGCAGAUACCUCUCCACUUAGAAUGGCUCCUAAUUGCAGUGUCGGUCCAGUCAUCCCAGUGGUCACCUCCUCCACCAAACUGUCCCCACCUUUGUUCUCAAUGUCAUCCUUGUCUGCAUUCCCUCUGUCUUUUAGCACUUUCCCCUUGAUUUCUCCCAGCAGCUUCAGUUCAUCAGCUCAGACUCCAACAAACAGCAUUGGCAAGCCCUACAGACCUUGGGGGACAGAGAUUGGGGCUUUCUAAAGACUCUUCUACAGGAUUGUCAUGCCUUAUGAAAUGCUGAAUUCUCAGCUGAGCUGAGGUAUUACCAACAUAAUUGCCAUGGAAUAUUCAGGAUGUGCUUCCAAUCACUGCAGACAAAUAAUGUACAAUGGCAAAUCAAUCUGAAAUCCUGUGAAUGUGGCUACAUAAUUGGCCUCUUUGGCUCAAAAUUAUACAACAAUGUUCUUAUAUGAGCGGUCUGACUCUUUCAUUCUUGAAAUUGUCAGUAUUCAGACAAAAAAAAUUUCUAGAAGUUGAUUUUAUUAGUGAGACUAGUCAAAACAAGCAGUAUGCCAGCUUGCUUCAAGGCUCCAGAGACCAUUUCAGACAGUUUUAUCAGUUUUCUAGGAGCUUUGAGUAUAAAAGUUAUUCAUUUGUUUAAGAGAUGUCUAAUAUAAAAUUGGAUUAAAUUUAUUUGUCUUAAAUUCUUAUUCUUUAUUCCAUAAAGGAAUAAGCAGUGGUAUGUUUAAAAAGCUGCAUUUUUAAAUUAAUGCAGGUUGUGCUUAGAUAUGGUAUAAAGUCUUCCUGUUACAAAGGCCUGUGUAAGUAAUUGUGGCAUUGUACACAGCCUGUGGUUAGGCAGUUAAAUUUUCCAUGUCUUUGUUAUUUGGUUAGCUAAAUAUUGCCUGAAACUGUUAAGUUACUACCUUUCAACUGUUUCAAAUGGAACAGAUUUAUUGUUAAUCACAAGUGGCACCAUCCAUCUAUUUAUUUUGUGCUAACAUCUGUGCCGUGCAUGACUAUCUACAAAGUCAACAUUACAUGCCUUAUACUCGACAAAAAAUAUAAAAAUAACAAGAUCAACAUGUAAAGACCAAUACACUGGUGUCCCGAAUUACUAAAAAUGCCUAAAUAGUGUAAAUAUCUUUUUCAGUGAUAUUUUAUAUUAUUAAUGUUGCUGAAUGGAGCGAUGACAAAUCAGAUUUCCAGCUUUUUUUUCAGCGAGUGUUAGAUGCUAAAGAUUUUUCAAUGCUGAAACUGUUAAUUUUUGCAAGGUAAUAGCAGGUGCAGUGUUCAAUUACUGUGUAUUGGUUUGUGCUGACUUUACUAAACAGGAGAAGUAAUAAACUAUAAGUGCAAUUGAG